AUUUCACAUGGCAACAGAAGAAGCAGCAGCAAGAUGGCUUCUUCUUCUUCUUCUUCCCCAAUCUCCACACAGGAAGCAGCUCAUCUUUGCUCUUCUCCUCGUCCUCCUCCUCCUCUUCACCUCACUGCAGAGCUUGCACUGCUACCCUGCUGCUGGUGGUGGUUACAGUGAGCAGGAAGCUGAUAGGGUGGCCUUCCUCCCUGGGCAGCCAAGGAGCCCACAGGUCUCUCAGUUCUCGGGGUACAUCACUGUGAGCAGGCAGAAUGGCAGGGCACUCUUCUACUGGUUCUUCGAGGCUCAGGCACUGCCAUCCCAGAAGCCUCUCCUGCUCUGGCUCAAUGGAGGGCCAGGUUGCUCAUCAAUUGGAUAUGGAGCUGCAUCUGAACUAGGACCACUCAGAGUUAGCAGGAAUGGUGAUGGGCUUGAGUUCAACAAAUUUGCUUGGAACAGAGAGGCCAAUUUGCUGUUCUUGGAAUCCCCUGUUGGGGUUGGCUUCUCCUAUACCAACACAUCCUCUGACCUCACCAAACUGAAUGAUGGUUUUGUAGCCGAGGACGCAUAUAAUUUCCUGGUAAAUUGGUUAGACAGAUUUCCACAGUAUAAGGACCGUGAAUUGUACAUUUCAGGAGAGAGCUAUGCAGGUCACUAUGUGCCACAGCUUGUAGACCUUGUCUAUGAGAACAACAAGGAUAAGAUGGCCAACAGAUACAUCAACCUGAAAGGGUUCAUUGUUGGUAAUCCACUAACUGACGAUCAGUACGACUCGAAAGGUUUGGUUGAAUAUGCUUGGAGCCACGCAGUUGUGUCAGAUGCAAUUUACGAGCGCAUCAAGAAGGCGUGCAACUUUAAGUUCUCAAACUGGACAGAUGAUUGCAAUGAAGCCAUGAACAGUAUUUUCAGACAGUAUCAAGAUAUUGACAUCUACAACAUUUAUGCACCCAAGUGCAACCCUGCUCAAACUUCAAAAGUAGCCGCCGUCAAUCACGCAUUUGAAGCAAGUGAUCAGGAACAAUUCAGUAGGAGGAUUAGGAUGUUCUCGGGAUACGACGCAUGCUACUCAUCAUAUGCUGAGAAGUACUUCAACAAGCCAGACGUGCAGACAGCAUUCCAUGCAAAUGGAAAUGGGAUGCUCCCUGGGAAAUGGAAGGUUUGCAGUGAGUCUAUUCUAAGGUCCUACAACUUUUCGGUGCUUUCUGUCUUGCCAAUCUACUCCAAGCUCAUUAAAGCAGGACUUAGAAUCUGGCUCUACAGUGGAGAUGCCGAUGGUAGGGUCCCGGUGAUCGGAUCAAGGUAUUGUGUGGAAGCACUUGGGUUGCCUAUCAAGAGGGAGUGGCAACCUUGGUACCUGAACAGACAGGUUGCAGGAAGAUUUGUGGAGUACCAUGGCAUGACCAUGGUGACAAUUAGAGGUGCUGGACAUUUGGUGCCCCUCAAUAAACCUGAAGAAGGGCUCGCUCUGAUGGACGCAUUCCUUCUUGGUAAACAGUUCUUCACACACCGAUAACAGGUAAAUUUAGUUUUUAAAGUGAGGGAUAUUUGUUCUUAAAACUUUUUCAAUGAGUGUCAGCUGUCAACCUUUAUGUCAGGAGCCAUGCCAUAACUGAAAUACAAUUUUUACCAAAGGAAACAGUUUGAAUUUCAGGCUGAUCCUUUUGGACGAUGCUGCUGUUGUAUUUUUCAUUUCUUGCCGUCUUGUCUGAAGCUUCUUGGGUCUUGGUAAAAUUUUGUUGACUAGGACUUGUCAAAUUUAAAGCAUCUCAUGUCUCAAGCACUUACACUGAUGAAGCUGAGCUAAAUGUCCACAGGAUUAAUGAGGAAUAUUAUUUUGCAACAUAAGCACAAACAUAAGCAGCAUGUAGAAAUUAUUGUACACGGUGAUAUCUAUAGUUGAGAAGUUAACUCAGACUAUGUAUCGUACACUGACAAUUGCACACAGAAAGCGCCUAAAAUACACGUAUUAUUUCA